UUGAGUCUUCUGAGGUCCACAGAAAUCUGACAGCUUCACAGGUGAGACUCCCCGUCCACAGGCUGGUCCACUUUACCUUCAGUUUUUCCUCUCGGAACACCCUCCCACUGUGAGCCUGGGGUUGCCACAGUCAAAAAACAACCAUUCGAAGUCAAACCAUUCCGGCAGCAUGAGCAAAAAGAAAAAGGACUGGAAGACUGAGAAAGAGAGACUGCUCCGUCUGGAUCGAGAGGAGAGACGCAAGGACUACCGACGUCAGGACUUCAUUUCUCUGGACAAGAUCCCGUCCUGGAGAGAGGACAACAAACCCAAUGACAAAGAAGAAGAAGAAGGGCAGGAGCUGACGGGUGGAGGAGGAGGAGGUCUGAGUGAUAAGGUGUCUCUCUACAAAGGGGACAUCACGGUCUUGGAGGUGGAUGCCAUCGUCAAUGCCGCAAACUCCAGUCUUCUGGGAGGAGGAGGAGUCGACGGCUGCAUACACAAAGCGGCAGGGUCCUGUCUGUAUGAUGAGUGCCACUCACUAAAUGGCUGUGAAACCGGCAAAGCCAAGAUCACCUGCGGCUACGAUCUCCCAGCAAGAUCGACCUCUCGCAACAAUUCACCUUCGAUUGCAGAGGAGCUCUCGUUCACGUCGGCGCGCUGGCCUUCAGCUCCGUCUCAGGUCGCCCCCCCCCCCACCCUUCCAGUCACAUGA